CACAUCACAUCACAUCACAUCACAUCAAAUCAUCAGAUCAAAUCAAACCCAUCAACACCAUGGACUUGUUUGUCAGCGCCGUUGUCCCAACUCGUCGGUCUCUUCCAGAAAAGUCACUAUUGGCUGGCAGAAGAGGUGGGAGCCUAAUCCGCAAAAUGUCAGAGCGCAGCUUGGUCAAGAAGAUUUCAACCUCCAUCAAGUUGGAAGGAGUGGAAGAGGAUGGAGUGGAUUCCGACUUGGAAAGUACCUUUAACAAUAGCAACAGUAGCUUUUGCUUUGAUCCAGAAACACACAAUUUUGACAUUGACGAGGAGGACUCGUUUGCUGGACCCAGCCUGUCACGAGUACAGUACAUUCAGUCCACCAAAGCAGAGCAAGAGCAGCUCCUAUGGGAAAUGGCAGAGGACAAGACAACGGCUGCUUCUGUCUUGCCCCCCUUUCAUCGGAAAGAACUCGAGUGGGAUAGCAAGAAGGUCUUGGGAUCAGGAGCUUUUUCGCAGGUCUUUGCUUUGGAGUCUAUCAAGAACCUCAACGGUGAACAUAACGAGAAACUCAGCUCUCUUCAAGUGGAAUCACGGCUCAAGCUGUUCAAGAAGACCAUGGGCAAGAACCAAAACUCCUUGGUCGUCAAGCACUUGAACCGCAAGCUCUUGCGCAAGCCAAAAGAGUUCAAAGCUGCCGCUAUGGACUUGGAACGGGAAGCCAAGAUUCUGGCUCUUGUACGCCACGCCAACAUUGUUCGUCUUCGAGGAGUCACCUUGGGAGGUACAGCUGCCUUGGAUAGUGGUCACUACAACGACUACUUUCUAGUCAUGGAUAGGCUCUGUGAUACCUUGGACAAGCGCAUCCAACGAUGGAAGGAAACUUUUGCUCCGGGUGUGACCACCAUUGCUAUCUACGCACAGCAGUUGGCAUCCGCAUUGGCCUAUCUUCACGAUCAUCGACUGGUCUUCCGGGAUGUUAAGGCACCCAACAUUGGCUUUAUAGAGUCCAAUCGUUCCAACAACGACGCUGCACAUACACUACCCGACCGUCUUCAGCUCUUUGAUUUUGGAUUGUGUCGCUCGUUGCCCUCUCGGUGCUUCCAUGCGAGCCAUGCGGAUCAGGAAACCUUUCACAUGUCUCUUGCCGGAACGACCCGCUACAUGGCACCGGAACUGAUGCAAGGUCACUCCUACAACGUUAAGGUUGAUGUCUACGCAUGGUCGUUGGUUUUGUGGGAGAUGAUUGAGCAGGAGAAACCCUACCUGGAAGUCAAACCUCGUCACUUCCAGCAGUACAUUACGGAGCUGGAAAUUAGACCCGCUAUGGAUGGUCGCAAGUGGGAGCACGCCCCCGCGGCCCUCAAAGACCUGUUGAAGAAGUCAUGGGCUGCCGACGUUGAUGAUCGUCUCGCCAUGGCAGACGCGUAUCACAAACUCUCACUCAUCAUUGAGGAUUUACAAGACUCGUCGUCGUUCUCCACCAGCACUAGAUCGGCAAGGCCUGUGGAACCAGACGAAACCAAAGCGACUGCAGACUUGGUGGCCAAGUUGCCAGUGUCCGUUUGCUGAACGUACGCAACGGAGGGAAAACAAAGAACCAACACACCAUUAGAACCAAUAGAACAAUACCGGUAGGGUACAACAGCUGUAAGCUUUUUAGAACUGAGAAG